AUGUCUGCCUUAUCGAGAGGCCUCAUUUCUCGUCUCCAUCAGAUACUUUCAGUCAAUUCAAGAACAACAUCGUCACCAUCACCGCCAACAGCAACAACACAAUUCUACCUCUUGAGAAGGUUCAGCAGUGAUGCUUUGGUCGACGGGUCUGAGAUUGAGUGCCAACAACGAAGCCGGAUCAUUGAAGCAAAACCGGGUGUAAUGACCCCAAAUUCAAAGCGAACCGGAGUGAUUGCGGUCAAAUGUGGAAUGACUGCUCGUUGGGAUAAAUGGGGUGCUAGGAUUCCUAUUUCUAUCUUAUGGGUCGAUGAUAAUAUUGUCUCUCAAGUCAAAACUGUUGAAAAAGAAGGGUUUUUUGCUUUACAGGUUGGUUGCGGGCAGAAGAAAGAGAAGCAUUUGACGAAGCCGGAAGUGGGUCAUUUUAGAGCUCAAGGUGUUCCAAUGAAGAGGAAAUUAAGGGAGUUUCCUGUUACAGAAGAUGCUCUUCUUCCUGUUGGUACUUGUAUUGGUGUUCGACAUUUUGUACCUGGUCAGUUUGUUGAUAUCGCAGGAAUCACUACGGGCAAAGGUUUCCAGGGUGGUAUGAAAAGGCAUGGGUUUAAAGGGGGGCCAGCAAGUCACGGUGCAUCCUUAUCACAUCGAAGUAUUGGUUCUACUGGUCAGAGGGAUGCUCCCGGGAAGGUAUUUAAAGGCAAAAAGAUGCCUGGGCGCAUGGGUGGAGUGCAGAGAACAGUUAAAAAUGUUUGGGUCUACAAAAUAGAUCCAGCAAGGAAUCUGAUGUGGGUGAAAGGCCAAGUCCCUGGCACCGAAGGGAACUUUGUGUUCAUAAAAGAUUCUGUUUACAAGAAACCUGAUAUUCAGAUGCUUCCAUUCCCAACUUACUUUGGAGCAGAAGAUGAUGAUGCUGCACAAUCACUAGUCGCCCAUCUUGGAGAAGUAGAUCCAUUUAUGGUUGCAGAUUAG